AUGCCGUACAACACAACGGCCAUUCCGCCUCGGAAAGAGCCUACGGGCCAGACCCAGCUACCGCUCUCGAGAGUCCGCAAGAUCAUUGCCCUCGACCCGGAUGUGUCCAUCUGCUCUAGUAAUGCAGCCUUUGUCAUCACACUGGCGACCGAACUCUUCAUUCAGUACAUCUCCUCCGAGGCCGAGAACAUGGUCAAGCUCGACCGCAAACCCCGCCGCAACGUCCAGUACCGCGACCUCGCCAAUGCCGUCAACCGCGUCGACCGCCUCGAGUUUCUCGAGGACACCGUCCCCGUCACCGUUCCCUUUGGCCGUGUCAAGCGCGACGCGGCUGCCGCGCAGGCCAAGCUGCGUAGCGGCGGCACCGUCGGCGGCGACACGACCGGCACAGGACCCAAAGGCCGGGGACGUGCAGCUGGCGGUGGUGUUGAGUCUGCUACUGGCGGCGGCGGUGGCGGUUCGCGGAGCAAGGCCCGGUCAUCGACGGGCGGUGCACCACCCACGGCCAUCUCGGCCCUGAUGGCCAAUGGUGAGUCGGGCAGCGGCGGCGGCAGCGGCCCAGGCAAGAAGCGGCAGCAGGUGCUGUCCUUUAGCAUUCUCAACGGCGACGACGAACACGACGACGACACCCACACCCACACCGACAAGAACAACAACAACAACCACGGCGGUCGCGCGGGGCUGACAUUCCGCUCAGCGGCGCCCUCGUCCGGCGUGGCCGCCGCCGCCGCUCUGGCGCAAGCGGCGGCCGCGUCGGGCGCCGUGCAGGACGACUCGGGGCCCGAUGCCCAGCUGGAGCAAGACAUGCAGCGGGCACGCGACGACGGCAGCGGACAGAGAGACGUGUCGCGGCGAGACGGCACGGCACGCCUCAUCGGGGCCGAUGUCGACAUGCUGGACAGCUAG